AUGGCCGCACCGCCAAUUUAUAACCCGGUCGUACCAUGCGUACACCCGAUCCCAGGGGGCAUGUUCCCCGGCCGUAUGGUGCGUUUCCAGGGGAAUGUACCGCCAGGUGCUCAAAGGUUCGCCAUAAACUUUCAAUGCGGUCCCAACACGGACCCCCGUGACGACAUCGCCUUCCACAUCAACUUUCGCUUCGUGGAGAUGUGCGUGGUCCGUAACCACCUGACUGCCAUGAAUUGGGGAAACGUGGAGGAGACCAGCGGAGGCAUGCCGCUGGUGAGGGGCCAGCCCUUCGAAGCCCUAGUGCUGUGUGACCCUCAGUCGUUCAAGGUGGCCCUGAACGGAGUCCACUUCUGCGAGUUCGCUCACCGUGUGCCCUUCCAGCGCAUCACCCACCUCACGAUAGACGGGGACGUCAUGAUGCAGUUCAUAGGCUUCGAGGGCGAGCAGCCCUACAUGUCGGAGCCUCCACAAUACGGCGCGUACGGAGCCCCGCCGGCCUACGGAGCCCCACCCUAUGGAGCCCCGCAAGGCUUCUACUGAGGGCUAAAUUAAUUAGCGGUCGAUACAGGUGCUCGUGUGGUUUGUAAACGUCGUGAAAUGAAACAAAGAUUUAUUUUUUAAGACAGUGAUUCUCAAAGUUUUUGUACGUGGCCUUCUUUUUAAAAAUUUAGCAUUAGAUUGCAAUUUAGUAACAGACGGAGAAAUUGACUUAAAUAGGAAUUAACGGAUACUUUUUUAAAUUGCUGCGGUAUAAGGUUUGAAAAUCACUGUCCUAAGAGUUUUUGCACCUCAUUCUUCCUAAUUUUUUCUUAGGUUUUUUAAUAAUUGGUCUUAUGUCACAUGCUUAAUGUCUUUAAAAAAAUUUAUAUAAAUUUAAUUAAUUGUGUUUGUUAAAAAUCGUGUAUAAAAUAUUAUAUUAUAACUAGAAAUACAUUAACAUUUUGCUUUUGUAUGAAGAAUCGGAUAUAUUGGAGAUAUCUUUUCUUUUUUGUAUAAAAUGAGUCGCGCAGUAAGUUACAAAAGUGAUUUUUUGAAAGCAGCUAUAGUAAGCUUAGAUCUGUCUUGAUUCUAUGCACGCGCUUUAUGUAGGUAUUGUGCUGGAGUGGUUAAUCAUUGAAAUAUUUUUUAACCAUUUUUAAAUUUCUUAGUAUAAGAGAUGCGACUGAAGACACACUAUUGUCAUAAUUUGCGACGGAUGUCAGACAUUUGUACUCAUAUUUUGACAGUGACAGUUAGUGGGGUCGCAAUCUGACAGAUUAUCACGUCCAGGAACUGUGUCACCGGUUACUGAUAAAACUAUCUUACAAUAAUAGCUGUAAUGAUAUCCAGCGGAUAUAAAUUUGUUUUCGUUUACACAAUCUAAUAAAGAAAUUACUGAUAUUCGUAUCUUAUAUAUUUUUUUUAAUUAUCAGUUUCAAAACAUGUUGUUUAUUAGUGUAAGUGAGGUUAGUUUUGCUUAGUACUGAUAAAGGCUAUCACUAACUAAAAUUUGAGGUAAACUAAAUCAGGAACCGAUGAAACAGGCUUACGUAGCAUACAUCGAAUGUAUGUAACUACGUUUUGCACGAAUGUAAAGAAACUCUUAUGAAGCCACUUCCGCGCUGUUGUAUGUAAUUUAUUUCAUAUUAAAUUAUUAAUAUUGUCAUUGUAAUCAAAUGUUGCAUUUCGUUAUAUUCGAUUUACUAUCGAUAUGGUGGUUAUUAAAAAUAUUACAAAUUAAAA